CCCGUGGAGUACGUAAUCAUCGAACGGUGACUCGAGUCCCUGCUUCUCGAGCUGCUUGUACUCUUUCAAUCUUAAUGCCUAUUCACGGUCUACCUCCCUCAGAACGGCCCAUUAAACCUGUUCACUUUGAUAUCGAGCAAGUCAUCAGACCCAAUAUCCUUGCGCUUCAUCCAUACCGCUGUGCGCGAGAUGAUUACAAGGAAGGAAUCCUUUUAGAUGCGAACGAGAACGCCCUUGGACAUUCAAUAGCUAAUAAAGCAUCUCAGAACAAUGGUGAUUCAUAUGAUUCUACACUGGACAUGGACCUCCAUCGAUAUCCUGAUCCUUCCCAUGACCCCAUUAAAGAACGAAUCGCCGCUCUUCGUUCUCUACCCAGUGUCGAUCAUGUAUUUCUCGGAGUAGGCUCCGAUGAGGUGAUAGAUCUCCUCAUGAGAGUCUGUGUUUCUCCAGGGAAAGAAAAAAUAUUGAUCACACCGCCGACUUAUGGAAUGUAUUCCGUUUGCGCACAGGUAAACGACGUCGGAGUAGUGAAAUGUCCUCUGGAGCUGACUGGACAGGUCGGAGAAGGUGGAACAAAAGGCAGGUUCAGUCUUAGAGUUGAAGAGGUCAAGAAGGCUAUUGACGUCGAUGCGAGUAUCAAGCUGGUGUUCUUAUGCUCACCAGGAAACCCGACAGGAACUAAGAUAUCCCUCGAAUCGAUAAAAGCUAUCUUAGAUUAUGAGAAAUUCAAGGGAAUCGUUGUGGUUGACGAAGCUUACAUUGAUUUCGCUGGAGAAGGAUCCAGCGCUGUGGAAUUAGUCAAGGACUACGCUAAUAUCUGCGUUUUGCAAACUCUAAGCAAGAGCUUCGGCCUUGCAGCCAUUCGGUUAGGUAUUGCAAUCGCACAACCACCUUUGAUCCAGGUCCUCACCAACACCAAAGCCCCCUACAACAUCUCAACACCCACUGCUCACCUUGCAUUAUCCGCAUUAUCUCCUUCAUCACUUGCAAACAUGCAGUCUAAGAUCGAAACCCUCAUCGCCUCACGGGUAGCUCUACUCAAAAGUCUUUCUAACAUUGCACACCUUGGACUUGGUUCAUGGAUCGGGUCCAAUGAUGCCAACUUUGUUGUCAUCCCUGUCCUUUCAAAAGACGGAAGUCGGCCUGACAAUGUUCGUGCACAAAAAGUGUAUAAAGCACUAGCGGAGGAGAACGGUGUUGUAGUGCGGUUCAGGGGAAAUGAGCCUGGGUGCGAAGGCUGCCUUCGUAUAACGAUUGGCAGUGAAGAGGAGAAUGCGACAGUCGUCCAAAAAUUAGAGCUUGUACUGAACCAAUUUUAAAAGGGGAAAUAGAUACAUACAUAAACCAACAGACUAUUCUACUUAAA